AUGGGUUUGGUAGAAGGUUAUGAAAGCAGUUCAGACUCGGAUUCAGGCCCCGUUGAAUGCAACUCCAUACGUGAAGAGAAAAAGAAUCAUUUGCAUAAACAUGCAUCGUAUGAACGUCCCCAGAGAAGUAUUUACAAGAGAAAGCCACAUACAACAAAAUCGGAAUUAAAAAGAAGACGGAAAGAUCGUAAAGGAGAUGGGCCAUGGGGCCGUUGGUCUGGUAGUGAUGAUGAAAGUUCAGAAACCGAGGAAAUGCAGACGAAGCUACAAGAUACCAUCAUUCCUGCCAUAGAGGAUGAUGAAGACUCGGAUGUGGCAAAGACCGAAGAAGUUUCAAAUUUUUAUGGCAGUUCGGAAAAGGACUAUCAAGGUCGAGGAUAUCUACACCCACCAAAUGAUAUCAAUGUUGAUCUUCGCAAGGAAAAAAUGAACUUUCGGUGCUAUCUGCCAAAAAAAGUUAUACGUAACUAUGCAGGACAUUUAGACGGCACAACUGCCUUGAAAUUUCUACCCAAAACAGGUCACCUUAUUCUCUCAGGCGGUAAUGACCAUAUUAUUAAACUUUGGGAUUUUUAUCAUGAUCAUGAAUGCCUUCGAGAUUUUCGAGGCCAUACAAAACCUAUCAAGGCAUUGCGUUUCACUGAGGACUGUCAAUCCUUUCUUAGUUCUUCUUUUGAUAGAAGCGUUAAGAUUUGGGAUACUGAAACCGGCAAGGUAAAAACCAAGUUACACCUCAAAUCAACCCCGGCCGAUGUUGAAUCUCGACCCACUAAUCCCCAUGAGUUCAUUGUGGGUUUAUCGAAUUCCAAAAUAUUACACUAUGAUGAUCGUAUUCCAGAAAAGCAAGGCCUUGUACAGACAUAUGAUCAUCACCUAAGUAGCAUUCUAGCACUGAGGUAUUUCCCUGAUGGGUCAAAGUUUAUUUCCUCUUCCGAAGACAAGACAGUAAGAAUUUGGGAAAACCAGAUCAACGUGCCAGUAAAGCAAAUAAGUGACACCGCUCAACAUUCCAUGCCAUUUUUAAAUGUUCAUCCAUCUCAUAGCUAUUUUUGUGCGCAAAGUAUGGAUAAUAGAAUAUACUCCUUUAGUUUGAAACCAAAAUACAAGAGGCAUCCAAAAAAGAUAUUCAAAGGGCAUUCCUCGGCUGGUUACGGAAUAAGCUUGUCUUUCUCCGGUGACGGUCGCUACAUAUGUUCAGGCGAUUCAAAAAGCAGACUUUUCAUAUGGGACUGGAACUCAUCACGUUUAUUAAAUAACAUCAAGCUUCCAGGUAAUAAGCCGAUAACCCAAGUUGACUGGCACCCUCAAGAAACAAGUAAAGUCAUUUGCAGUGGGACUGCAGGAAAGAUUUAUGUUUGCGACUAA